CACUUUAGGGCGGAAGUUGCGAUGCUGCCCGGACUCCACCACUCAACAGAAAGCGCGGAGCGUCCGUUACCAAAGAAACCGAGCAGCCCUCGUUCGGUGGGGAGCUGGCAGCCCGUUAUCAGCCGACACCGGUGCGAGCAGCAUGUCCAGGGGCAAGGCCGCUGCUCACAGAGCUCCGUACGGGCACCAGAAGCUGAGGGACCGGGAGCCCCGGGCCGGCGUCCGCUAUAAGUGUGCGCUCCUCAACACCAUCGCCGACGUGCUGCAGCAGAGGCCGGGCUGGGUGGAAGCCAAGGAAGAUGGCGAGUGGGAUUUCUACUGGUGCGACGUGACGUGGCUGCGAGAGAACUUUGACCACAUUUACAUGGAUGAACACGUGCGCAUCUGUCAUUACCGCAACCACUACGAGCUGACCCGUAAGAAUUACAUGGUGAAGAACCUAAAGCGGUUCCGGAAGCAUCUGGAGCGGGAAUCGGGGAGACCGGAGGCCGCCAAAUGUGACUUUUUCCCCAAAACAUUUGAUCUGCCCUCGGAAUAUCAUCUCUUUGUGGAGGAGUUUCGCAGAAGUCCGGGGAUUACGUGGAUUAUGAAGCCUGUGGCCAGGUCGCAGGGACGCGGGAUAUUCCUGUUCCGGAAGCUGAAGGACAUCAUGGACUGGAAGAAGGUGAAUAUCCUUUGGGUAAAGAAUUUUGCCCCGGGGGGGGGGUAUAUUGAAGCUUCUAACCCCCAAUCUGCUUCUCAGGACGCGGCUCGGAGCGACGAGACGAAAGACGAGAUCCCGGUGGAGAAUUACGUGGCUCAGCGUUAUAUAGAAAACCCGUAUCUGAUUGGAGGGAGGAAGUUCGACCUGCGAGUUUAUGUCCUCGUCACGUCGUACGUCCCGCUGCGUGCCUGGCUCUACAGGGAUGGAUUUGCACGAUUCUCAAACACACGCUUCACCCUCAGCAGCAUCGACGAUCAGUAUAUCCACUUAACCAACGUGGCUGUCCAGAAAACGGCCCCUGAUUAUGACCCUGAGAAGGGUUGCAAGUGGAUGAUACAGCAGCUGCGGCAAUUUCUGACGGCUCGGCACGGGCCCGAGGCGGUGACCGCCCUCUUCCAAAACAUGGAUAACAUAUUCAUCAAGAGCCUGCAGAGCGUCCAGAAAGUCAUCAUCAAUGACAAGCACUGCUUCGAGCUCUACGGCUACGACAUCCUGCUGGACGAGGACCUGAAACCGUGGCUGCUGGAAGUGAACGCCUCACCAUCUCUGACGGCCAGUAGCCAGGAGGACUACGAGCUAAAGUACCGUCUACUGGAGGACACGCUGCACGUGGUAGACAUGGAAGGCAGACUAUCAGGGAAGGAGAAACGAGUUGGGGGCUUUGACCUAAUGUGGAACGACGGCCCGGUGUCCCGGCCCGACGGACAGCACGACACGCUCGGCAGCGGAUUCUUUGUAGCAAAUACUCAUUUAGGCUGUGUCAACGACCGACAGAAGCAGCUCCGGCAGCUCCUGAAGUCCGGCCCGGCCAAGAAACCGUGAGCUUUCCCGACUCCAAUAACUUGGAAUUCAGCUUCUAAAUACUGCGAUCACUGGGACUGGCAGUUUAACCCUCUCACCCCCGGAACACAGGGCAGCGGGCCAGGCCCUGGAGGACGCGCGACACGUGGCGUGGAAAGAAAUAUGUCCGUUUCCAAUGGAUGUAUUUUUAUUGUUUAUUUUACAUUCAUCUAUUUUUACCAAAAACUAAUAAAAAAAUAUUUUUCCUCUGA